AUGCUCACGGUCCUUCUUUUCACGAUUACGGCCGCACUUGGUGGCCUGGCUGGCACGGCAACGGCACACAAUCGUCACAAGGACUACGCUCUCUCGAACAACUCCUUCACGCGUUCGGCCCUUGUCGAAACCACUUUUCUUGACGGAAGCGUCGCGGCCUCUCACGCGGACCUCGUUGAACGGACCACUUUCUCGCCUUCUUCGCCUCUUCGCACCACUGUCUACGUCACUACUACUGUCACUGUCACUUUUAGUACCAAUCCCUCUACCGCCGCUCUAAGGACUUCUGCUCCCACUUCCACCGAAAUCGCCCCCUUGGCCAGCCCCCACAGCGUCACCCAAAAUGUUACAACAUGUGCCGCAAGCCUCCAUCAGCGCGACGUAUUGGCCCUAGAAUUCCCGCAACUUGUCCCGGAAGCAACUGACGGCAUGUCCUCCUGAGCACAGUAUCUGGCUGCUAUUGGUCAAACUUCCACCAAAAGCGCGACCUUGGCGUCCCGGACUAUCACCUCUUCUGCUUCUUUUGUUGCUUCUUCCACUUCUUCUGCUCUUAGUCCCGAGGCGUUAGGUAUAGUGAUCUUGUGGCCCGUUCUUGUGGUUAUUAUGGCUAUGUUUGGGGGAGGCAUUGGGUACAUGUUGAAGCGAAGGGGUGGGCGCCAGAUGUUUCAGUAGGUUGCUGUAGCGGAAACGUGCCUCUUGAUGAUCACUUACGACCGAAUGCGUAUACCCUCACGGCCUAUGAAGGAUCGAAAUGGGGGAACCUCUGUGUAGUAUAGUUUCCUUGGUUACGGCCUCCAAUUGGCCUCUUGACACCGUCUGAAGUCCUCCCGCG